UAAAAUAAAAAGAAGAAAUAGAAGAAUAGAAAAAAACAGGCUAAAAUUUUAUUCAGUUUUAUUUUGCGGUGGUCAUGUUUGGUUGUAAAACGUUAAUGAAUAUAAAGGGCUAAAAACACGGACGCUUAUUUCUUUAGGUUUUUUUCUUUAAAUUCUAAUUACUAAAACAAAAUACUACAAAAAAAAAAAAAAAAACCAACAACAUAAUCGAGUUGCUUACUCCAAUUGGAAUAUCUAAGAAAAAAUAAAAACAAAUUAGUGCAUUUUCUUUAUUAGUAUAAUAAAAAGAGAGUAGCAAAAGUGAGUAAAAUUAUCAUUCAAUUUAAAAAACAAAAACAACUACAACUCUAAUAAGUGACAAAACUAAAAGAAAAAAAGCUACAUCUUUAACUUGUCAAUUAUUUGAAAACAAUAAUAAACAACAACAGCAAAAGAUAUUAAAAACAAAUAAUAACAAAACAUCAAACAACAACAAGUAAUUAACAUCAUGGCGGAUUUUGAUCUAAAUGUUGACAGUUUAAUACAGCGUUUAUUGGAAAAUUAUAAAAAAGAAAAAGAAGCUGAAGAAAAUGCACAAAAACUUUUUGUGGCGGAACAAUUGAUGAAAUAUAAAAAAGAACCCAAAACGGUUGAUAGUCCUGAUGAACAGGAACAAGAACGUCGUAUUAUGGAACAAUAUUCCAUAUCACCCACCACUGAAACUAUGAUCUCAGCUGAUGGUGAUCAGAUAACUAUACAUCAUCCUAGAGAAGAGCCAACACGAAAAUCGAAAAAAUUGAGAGAUUUCUUUGUGGCCGAAUUUGUGCGUAGCUGUCGCACGGGUAAAUCAGUACAAAUGUCUGAAUCUGAAGUACGAGGUCUGUGUUUAAAAUCCCGUGAAAUAUUCCUACAACAACCUAUACUCUUGGAGCUCGAAGCACCUCUCAUUAUAUGCGGUGACAUACACGGUCAAUAUACAGAUCUAUUGCGUUUAUUCGAAUAUGGUGGUUUUCCACCAGCAGCCAAUUAUCUCUUCUUGGGCGAUUAUGUUGACAGAGGCAAACAAUCGCUGGAAACCAUAUGCCUGCUGUUGGCCUAUAAAAUCAAAUAUCCGGAAAAUUUCUUUUUAUUGCGUGGCAAUCACGAGUGUGCCAGUAUUAAUCGUAUUUAUGGCUUUUAUGACGAAUGCAAACGACGUUUCAAUGUUAAAUUGUGGAAAACCUUUACAGACUGUUUCAAUUGUUUACCCGUCGCCGCCAUUAUCGAUGAGAAGAUUUUCUGCUGUCACGGCGGUUUGAGUCCCGCUACAGGUAUGGAACAAAUUAGACGCUUGAUGCGUCCCACAGAUGUACCCGAUACUGGUCUAUUGUGUGAUCUGUUAUGGAGUGAUCCUGAUAAAGAUGUCCAGGGUUGGGGUGAAAAUGAUCGUGGUGUUAGUUUUACAUUUGGUGCUGAUGUUGUAUCGAAAUUUUUACAUAAACAUGAAAUGGAUUUAAUAUGUCGUGCUCAUCAGGUCGUUGAAGAUGGUUAUGAAUUCUUUGCCCGCCGUCAAUUGGUGACCUUAUUCUCAGCUCCCAAUUAUUGUGGUGAAUUCGAUAAUGCCGGUGGUAUGAUGACUGUGGAUGAUACACUAAUGUGCUCAUUCCAGAUUUUAAAGCCCUCCGAAAAGAAGGCCAAAUAUAUGUACAGUGGCAUGAAUACAUCACGGCCUACCACACCGCAACGCAACGCUCCAUUAAUAGCAACGAAUAAGAAGAAAUAAUACAUCCAUCCGCUUCCAUUUCCUUAAAAGUUAUUAAAUUAUUAUAUACAUAUAAAAUUUGAUAAUAAUAAAUAUUAUAAUAAUACUACAACAAGAAAACAAAAAACAACAACAAAAACAAAUAAUAAUAAAAA